AUGGAAACCAUCAAAUCUCUUGCAUUGCAAAUAAAGUCAAUUGGCAUCUCAAGGGAUGUGGAGGAAGCCAAGAGGAUCCACUUUAAGGUUAAGGCACACAAGGAGCUUCAACAAAACAUCUUCCUCGCUAAUCUGGUUGUAGAAAUGUAUGGCCGGUGUGGGUGUAUCAGCGAGGCUCACGGUGCCUUUGAAGAGAUUCUCACGCCAAAUCAGUUUUCCUGGAAUAUCAUGCUCGCGGCAUUUUCACGCAACGGGGACUUGGCACAAGCUCGAAGCUGGUUUGAUGCGAUGCCACAACAGAGUCCUGUUGCCUUGAACACGAUGAUAGCGGCAUAUGCCCGGAUGGGGCAUCUCGAAGAGGCCGAGAACUUGGCGAUUCGCGAUCAAAGCGAUGAUCCAGCUUCAUGGAAUCCCAUAAUAUCUGGAUACCUACAACAGGAAGACGUAGAAGGAGCCAAGAAAGUUUUUGAUAGAAUGCGGGUGAGAGAUUCCAUCUCCUGGAAUGUAAUGAUUGGGGGAUACGCCAAGCGUGGGCAUCUACAGCAAGCGUGUCAUUUGUUUGAGAAAAUGCCCGAUAAAACGAUCGCUUCAUUGAAUUUAAUUCUCAAAUCGCUCGCUGCGAGUGGGAAGAUUAAAGAAGCAAAACAGUUUUUUGAUCGAAUGCCACAGAGGGAUGAGAUCUCCUGGAAUGCCCUUCUCCGGGGAUUUAUUUCUUGCGGGCAAAUCCAGGACGCAAAAGAGCUAUUCGAUCUCAUGCCUCACCAGCGCGAUCCUGGGACUUUGUUCGUACUAUUGGAGGCGUAUUGCAAUCACGGGUUGAUCCAGGAAGCCAAAACAUUGCUCGAUUCCAUCGAUCCACCCUUAAGAACUCCAAGUGUUUGUUUCCCGAUAAUCCGUGCGCUGGGCGAUGCAGGGGACGUGAUCGAUGCGAGGGCGCUAUUUGAUCGCCAGGAGAAAAAGGACAUCCAGCUAUGGACGUUGAUGAUGAAGAUCUACGCGCAGUGGGGCAACUUGGAGCUAGCGAGAGAGAUCUUUGACGAAAUGCCGGAGAGAGAUGCGAUUUCCUGGACUGUGAUUGUGAGCGCAUACGGAAGAACCGGCGAUCUGAGAGAAGCAAAGAACCUUUUCCAUCAAAUGCCGUAUAGAGAUUCCGUCGCGUGGUGUUCCUUAAUCUCGGCAUAUGCCAAAGCGGGGCAUCUGGAGGAUGCGGAGAGGAUGUUCUUUGAGGAAGUUCCUGCCAGGGACGCUUCGAUGUGGAACGCGAUGAUCACAGCGUACGGAGAGAACUCGAGAGUAGAUUUCGCGGAGAAAAUCUUUAAGCAAGUUCCCGAGAAAGAUCUUGUUUCAUGGAAUGCCAUGAUUUCGGCAUUUGCCGCGAAUGGAGAAAUCGCUCCCGCCAAAGAAACUUUUGAUUCCAUGCCAAUGAAAAACAUAACGUCGUGGAACACACUUAUGGCCAUGUACGGAGAGUACGGCAUGCACGGUAAUGCCAAGCAAGUGUACGAUGCCAUGCCCCAGUGGAAUCUUCUCUCGUGGAACUGCAUGAUCCAGGCAUUUGCGGAAGGCGCGCAUCUGCGUUUCGCACGGGAACUGUUCGAAGUCAUUCCCGUACGGGACGUGGUGUCGUGGACAACCAUUCUGGCCGGGUGCGUACGGUCUGGGGAGCCUAACAGGGUGAAAGAAACUUUUGAAAGUAUGCCCGAGAGGAGCAUUGUAUCCUGGAACGUGAUGAUUAGAUCUUGCGAGCUCUCAGACGAACUGGAGAUGGCGGAGAGGAUUUUUAACGAAGAAAUGCCGUGCAGGGACGUCGUCUCUUGGAACUGUAUGCUGUCAAUCUACUCGAAGAGCAGCAGCAAGCUGGGAGAGCUCCAGAAAACUUUGCUGGAAAAUAUGCCCGAGCACAGUGUUUCUUCCUGGAGCUUGGCCAUUGCUGGUUUGUGUCAGCACGAUCGUCUCGAUGACGCUGAGCUUGUUUUGAGCCGGCUGCCUUUGAUUGAUCUCAUCUCGUCCAACACGCUCAUCACCGCCUAUUCCCAAAGAAACCAGCUUGAGCGAGCACGAAAGCUCUUUGAUGCCAUGCCUCAACGAGAUGUGGUGUCCUGGAACUCGAUCAUGCAAGCCUAUGUCCGGCACGGAGAUCACCCAGAAGCGAUCCAUCUCUUUAAAACUAUGGACCUGGAAGGAGUCGAGGCUGACGAGUUGAGCUUUCUUACUGUUGUGGAGGCCUGCUCGAUGACCACCGAAGCUAUCUUGUUUGGAAGAUAUCUUUACUCUAUCGCCAUCGACACCGGAUUCCUAUCCAACACCUUAGUUGCCACUGCAUUCUUCAGCAUGUUUGCAAAGUUUGGUGACUUGAAAGUGGCACGAAGUAUGUUUGAUGCCCGAGUAGAACACGACUUGGUUUCUUGGAGUGUUCUCCUCAGUGCGUACAGCCAGAGCGGCCAUGUCAUGGUUGCCGCUGAGGUUCUUCACGAAAUGUCUAUGGAUGGUUUCUCAGCCAGCAAAGUGACUUUCGUUAGCAUCCUGUCUGCUUGCAGCCAUGGAGGCUUUCACCACCUCGGCUGUUCUCUGUUCAGUUCGAUGGUCACUGACUAUGGAGUGGAGCCGGACGCCGUGCACUAUACCUGCAUGGUUGAUCUGCUUGGGAGAGCUGGAUGGCUGUGUGAAGCACGAGAUUUGGUCCGCGGACUGCCUAGAGAACCUUCUUCCGAAACGUGGAUGUCUUUACUUGGUGCAAGUAAGCUGCAAAGUGAAUCAAACGUAGCAAACAUGGUGGCUCCAACGAACUUUAGAUCAUCGUUUGUCACCUUGAUAAACACGUACGUCAGCUAA